AUGGAGUCCGUCUCAGCGCGGCGGUGGCGGCAGCGCAAUGCUGCUGCGGCCCGCGCCCGCGGUGCCGCCCGCCCCUUCGGCGCCUGGGCUGCUGCCGUCGGCCCUCUGGAUGCCGCGGGCGCGGCCGCCGGCCCUCUCGGGGCCACGGCCGCCGCCGCUGCCCCCCCCGACGCCUCGGCGGCCGCUGCGCGCGCCGCCAGCGCCGCGGCUCGCGCCGCUGGCGCCGCCGGCAGCGCCGCGGCCUCGGCCCUCGGCCGCGCCGCGUCGGCGGCCGCUGACGCAGCCGUGGCCGUUGCCGUUGCGGCCUUGCCUCCCGCCGCUCCGCCGGCGGCGGCGGCCGCCGCCUUUUCGGCGGCCGUGGCCGCCGCGUCUCGCCUCGUCGCGGACGCCGCCGCUGUCGCCGUUGGCGCUGGCGCCGACGGGGGCGUAUCUCACAGCUUCAGAAGGGACGAGCCUUCAGCUCGAGAACCAGAGACGAUGCCCAUGGACACCGAGAGCGCCGCAGAGACUGUGGCCAUGAGCGACGGCGGCAUUCUCGAAGAUCGGCCCAGGAGCUUGUCCAACGAGGGUGGAUGGCCUGUGCUUGAGGUUGCGCACGCAGAAGACGGGCCUUCAGCCCGGGGGGCGCCGUGCGAAGCAGCGAGAGUGGAGGGGCCUGUAGCCCGGGAGUCUUUAAAUGGGCAGAUGGGCGUUGACGGCGGCACGCUGACAGUCACAGACGGGGCGAGCCUUCAGCUCGGGAAUCACAGGAGGGACGAGCCUUCAGCUCGAGUCUCCAAGGCGCAUCUCGCAGCUUCAGAAGGGACGAGCCUUCAGCUCGGGAGUCACAGGCGGGACGAGGCUUCUGCUCGAGACUCCAAGGCGUAUCUGUUGAGGCUCAAGCGGUUGGGGCUCAAGCCGUUGCGGCACGAGCUCAAGCUAUCGCAUUGCCAGUCGCCGGGGCUGUCGGGGUGCACGGCCGCCGCCUGCGGGCGCCCCACGGGGGGCCCCCUCGCGCCACGGGCGCCGCGGGGCGCCGCGGGCGCCGCGGGGGGGGCGGCCGCCGCCUGCGGCCGUCGGCCGCCCGGGCUCCCUGCGCCGCGCCGGCGGCCCGCGGGCGCCGCGGGCGCCGCUGGCGACGGCAGCGCGCCGCGGGCGCUGCGGUGCGCGGGCCGCCGCUUGCGGCCGCCCCCCCCGGGGCCCCCCUGCCGCCCUCGGGCGCCGCGGGCGCCGCGGGUGCCGCUGGCGACGCCGGCGCCGCGGGCGCUGCUGGCGCCCGCGGCCGCCGCCUGCGGCCGCCCCUCCGCGCCCCCCUGCGUCUCGGGCGCCGCGGCGCCGCGGGCGCGCUGGGCCGGACGCGCCGCGGGCGCCGCCGGCGCCGCUGGCGCCGCGGGCGCAGCGGGGGCCGCGGCCGCCGCCCGCGGCCCCUCCCUCGGGCUUCCCUGCGCCGCGGGCGCCGCUGGCGCCGAUGGCGCCGCCGGCUCAGCGGCCGCAGCUGGAGACGCGGGCGCCGCCUGCGGCCGCCAGCCCCGCAGCCUGCCCGACAGCCCGCCCUCAACAGCAGCAACAGCAGGGCACCCCUGGAAGCCGGCAGCAGCAGCAGCAGCGCAGCAGCUGCAACAGCAGCAGCAGCAGCAGCUGCAGCAGCAGCAACUGGAGCCCAGGCUGCUCGCGGCGGUCUGCCACCAGGUCUUCGGGCGGGCCGAGGACUUCGGGCCUUCCAACUUGGCCAUCACGACUUGGAGCUUUGCCACCCUCGCGUACCGCGACGACCUGGUGAUGAAGCGGAUCAGCCGCCAGGCGCUCGGCAAGCUGCCAGAGUUCGAGGCGCAGAGCCUCGCCAACCUGGCCUGGGCGCUGGCCACGCUGCGCUUCAAGGACGACGUGCUGAUGCAUCACAUUGCCAAUGAGGCACUCCGCAAGGCCGAGGGCUUCUCGCCGCAGCACCUCGCCAACGCGGCAUGGGCCUACGCCACGCUGGGGCGGCGCUCGGAGCCACUGUUCACGGCGCUGGGGGCUCGCUGCGUGGCGCUCUUGCGCGCCGAG